CUUUUCGUAUGAGUGUCUUAUUAAAGCUCGAAGGCUGAGUCCUAUAAAGAAAUAUCUGUGGUAAAAAUGUUGAAGUUGUGACUAGUUAAAUUUCAAGAUUGUUUUUGUUUAUCUACUACGUAGUUUUAUUUUUUGGUUUUGUUUAAAGUAUUUUGUGCGUACCACUUUAUGAUGAAACAUCAGUAUGAUAAGGAAGAACGAUAAUGACAUAAUCUGAAGAAUUUGCAAAGCGAUUUCAAAUAAUGUGCAAAAGCUAUUAUAAUUAUACCUAAGAAAACAUUAUGAAAUAGUCACAUCACUAUGACGGAAAACACCACUACAGUGACUUCACCUAUUACUUUAUCAAAUUAUCAUCAACUCAGUCUUACAGUUGAGUCUGCGAACAUAAGAAAUUCAGGAUUAUUCAAACCGAAUCCUUAUUUACAAGUUGUAGUAGACGAUAAGAUUUCACGACGGACAGAGGUUUUGAAGAACACUCAACAUCCAAAAUGGAAGGAAGAUUUCACUGUUUUAGUAACACCUCAGUCUCAAAUGCUCUUUCGUUUGGCGGACCAUCAUAGUUUUAGAAAAGAUCAUAUUAUUGGUGAAAAAAGAAUAGGUCUAUUCCAAAUUUUGCUAUACUUUAACGGGAAAUGUGAAAAUGUUGAAAUUUGUAUUGAUUUAAUGAAAACAGUAUCAAAUGAAAAUGUACCACAUGUAGAAGUCAAGUCCGCUGAGCUCACUCUAUUACUUGAUGGUUUAAGAAUAGAUCCUGCCGUUCUAGCUCAAACACCAGAAUAUUUUGAGAGGUUGAAUUCCCGUAGUCCUCUAACUGACGGAGUACGUGCAAGAAUAAGAUUAAGGAAUAAUCUGGAAGUUGUUAGGUCCAUGGGACAUCCAAGACCAUUAAGGCCACCUCCGGGUCCUCCUCCAUUGAGUAAUGGUGUGGUUCCGACGACCGCUGAUAGUAACGCAGGUCCUUCGCGUCAGGAGGUUGAGCCUCCUCACGUGACGCCGGUGUCACAUCCGCCUCCCUCUCAACCACCUGCCGCCACACCCUCAGCCGCUCCUGAGGAACCCCUGCCUCACGGAUGGGAGAUGAGACACGACGUUUAUGGCCGACGUUACUAUGUCGAUCACAAUACACGUUCAACGUCGUGGGAGCGCCCUCAGCCGUUGCCGCCUGGCUGGGAGGUGCGGCGUGACGCUCGCGGCCGCGUGUAUUACGUGGAUCACAACACGCGCACCACCACGUGGCAGAGGCCGGACACGGAGCGCCUGGCGAGGUUCCAGCACUGGCGAGGGGAGCGCCGUCACGUGGUCGCUCAGGGCAACCAGCGGUUCCUGUACCCCGCGCCGCAGCCCCCGCACCCGCCCGGUCAACUGGCUGAUAACGAUGUCGAACAAAUACCAGCAGCCAGUAGCAGCGCUUCAUCGGUGGGUGCUAGUACCAGCAACGCAGUAGUACCAACCGGGGCUGGAGUGGUCGUUGGUCCGGGGGCGGGGGCAGCCAGUGUGGCGGCAGCCGAGGAAGCCCUGGGCGCUCUGCCCUCGGGCUGGGAGCGACGUGUGCAACCCGAUGGACGCGUCUACUACGUCAACCACAAAAACCGCACUACUCAGUGGGAAGAUCCACGCACACAGGGUCAAGAGAUAAGUUCGUUAGAAGAGGCGUUACCACCCGGUUGGGAGAUCAGAUUUACUGAGGAGGGAACGCGUUAUUUCGUCGACCACAACACAAGAACUACUACAUUCCAAGAUCCUCGUCCCGGGGCACCGAAGGGACCUCAGGGGGCUUACGGGGUCCCUCGAGCGUACGAACGAUCCUUCAGAUGGAAACUUAGCCAAUUUAGAUACCUCUGUCAGAGCAAUGCUUUACCAAGUCACAUUAAAAUUACUUUGGCUAGACAGACUUUGUUUGAAGAUUCCUAUCAUCAGAUUAUGAGACUACCAGCGUAUGAACUGAGAAGAAGACUUUAUAUUAUAUUCCGAGGUGAAGAAGGUCUCGACUAUGGUGGCGUCAGUCGAGAGUGGUUCUUUUUAUUGUCGCAUGAGGUUCUCAACCCCAUGUACUGUCUGUUUGAAUAUGCAAAUAAAAACAACUAUAGCCUUCAGAUAAAUCCAGCCAGUUAUGUGAACCCCGAUCAUUUGCUCUACUUUAAGUUUAUUGGAAGAUUCAUAGCAAUGGCACUCUAUCAUGGUAGAUUUAUUUAUUCUGGUUUCACAAUGCCCUUCUAUAAGAGAAUGUUGAAUAAGAAGUUGACAAUGAAAGACAUUGAAUCAAUUGAUCCGGAAUUCUACAACUCAUUGGUUUGGAUAAAGGACAACAAUAUUGAUGAAUGUGGCCUUGAAAUGUGGUUUAGUGUAGAUUUCGAAGUUUUGGGUCAAGUUAUACAUCAUGAAUUAAAACCUUCGGGUGACAAGGAACGAGUGACUGAAGGGAACAAAGAGCAAUAUUUACAAUUAGUUACACAAUGGAGAAUGACCAGAGGAAUUGAAGAACAAACUAAUGCUUUUCUGGACGGAUUCAACGAGGUAGUACCACUUGAGUGGCUGAAAUAUUUUGAUGAGCGUGAGCUGGAACUGAUGCUGUGCGGGAUGCAGGAGGUUGAUGUAGAUGAUUGGCAGCGGAACACCAUCUACAGGCAUUACACGAGAACCAGCAAGCAGGUCGUCUGGUUUUGGCAGUUUGUAAGACAAAUGGAUAAUGAGAAACGCGCUAGGCUCCUUCAGUUCGUGACUGGAACAUGUCGGGUGCCUGUGGGCGGGUUCGCUGAACUCAUGGGCUCUAAUGGACCACAGAGAUUCUGUAUAGAAAAGGUCGGUAAGGACACUUGGUUGCCGCGAUCGCACACUUGCUUCAACCGUCUAGAUUUACCGCCCUACAAGAGCUAUGAACAAUUAUGUGAGAAAUUAAAUUAUGCAAUUGAAGAAACAGAAGGCUUCGGUCAGGAGUGAAUAGGUUUGCUAUUAGUUAUAGUAGAAUAUUGUAAAUUAUUAUUAUGUUAUUUUAAUGCACCAACUAAUAUAUGGCAUCAUUGAAUGAUACGGUGCCGUCAUGAAAAAGACCAACCAAAAAAUUUUAUGAAUAUUUGUUUAAACAAUAAUUUUAUUAUGUAGAUAUAUUUAGUGUACUAUGUCAGUUAUAUAAGAUAUAUUUUGUUUGAACUAUAUUUAAAAGUUCUUCUAUAAAGUUCAAUAAAAAAGAUUAAAAUGCAA